GUUCCUUAAAGCGGGCGGGAUCCUGUUCAGUUUUUGAAUUUAUUCUCGGCGUUCUGGCUGUGGGAAGUUGCGGGCUGGCUAUGUCUUUUCCGAAGGCUCCGAUCAAGCGCUUCAAUGAGGCAUCAACUUGUGCCCCACCACCCGGCUCUUAUGAUAUCAAAACUUCAGAUCCAUCCAAAGGACCCGUGUCUUUUGAAAAGUCUCAACGAUUCAAGAUGCAGAUGGAAGAUGGAGGAGUCCAGCCAAAUCCAAGCAACAUGAAACCCGUGCCUUCCCCAGCAACAACAAGAAAACUUCCAUCUCUCAGUGCAAGACCAAAAAGCAUAGGAACAAAGUCUGACAAGAGUCUGAUUGCCAUUAAAGAAUUGAAAAAGCAAAAAGAGCUGGAAAAGGAGAUUCGGAUACUAAUUGGAAUACGUGCCCAGCAACAUAAAAGAUUGCAAGUCCUGGAGGAAGAUCUUGCCAAGUCUGAAUUAAAGUUAUCUGCUGCAGUCCGGGAGAAAAACACCCUUUUAGCAAAUGUUGCUUCUCUGGAAAAACAGCUUUUGGAGUUGAGAAAAAGCAAUGACUUGCUCAAAACAAAGAUGGUUCCUGCUAAAAGCGGAGACAUGAAAAUUAAAUUAAAUGUGGUCCAAGGAACUAUGGAAGAAAAACUAGCCCAGCCUGAAAAAUUAACAGAAACAGAGAGGCUAGUAGAAGAGAAAUAUGACUCGGAGAAACUCCUAGAAUGUUCUAUAGAACUUGGUAAUGUUGCAGAAGAAGAUGAUGAUAAAUACAAGCUGCAUAUUCUCCAACUACAGGAAAUAAUAGAAUCUAAAAACAAGGACAUUGAAACAUUGGAAAGUAAUCUUCAUCUGAAAGAAACUAUGCUGUCUACACAAAGUAAAGAACUGAAUGGAAAGUGCAAAAUACUUGAGGAGCAGAAAGAGAAAUGUGUCCAUGAAUAUGAAGAAAAGAAUCAAGUUAUGAAUGCUGAGAUACAAUGCUUAAAAGAAAAACUUUCUAUAGAAGAACAGGAACACCAAAAGCAAAAGAUGAUUUUUCAGGAAACUUCAGCUGAUAUGCAUCAGAAGUUACUUAAAUUCCAAGAGGAGAUAGCUAAAGAGAGAGAGAUACUAAAGACAGAAUUGAAAGAAGCCAUGGAUGAGCUGGAUAAAUUGCACACUAAAGAAGCUAAAGUUGAGAAGCUUUUAAAGCAUUUGGAACAGGUUAAUGAAUUCCAAAAUGAGGAGUUAUCACAGCUGGAAACAAAACUGCAAAGGAAAAGUGCAGAGUUGGAAGAAAUGGCUGUGUCACAUAAGAAUAUCAUUGAAAAGCUUCAAGGGGAAUAUAACCAGCUCCAGUUUAAAUUUGGAGAGACCUCAGCUGAAUUUGAAAAUUACAAAGUCUGCAUGACUGAAGAGAUUACAUGCCUCAAACAAGACAAAGCUGUUUUGCAGGAGAGAUUAACUGAGAUGAAUAGGACAGUCCAGAAUGCAACUCAUGCAAUGCAAGAAGAACAGCAUGCUAAAGACCAGGCAAAAGAAGAUUAUAUGAGGGUGCUUCUUGACAGUCAAACAAAAAUAGCACAAAAAGAUGCAGAAAUAGACAAAAUCAAGGAACUGAGCACUAUGCAAAUUGCUAACCUACAAGCCAAACUGGAGCAGCAAAGUGAAGAACUGAACAAAAAACUGGAAAUAGAAAGGAAAAUCAUUACAGAAAAAAUUGGAGCAGAUUACAAAAAGAAUAUAAAAACUUGGCGUGCGCUCUAUGAAGACCUGUAUAAUAAAGUAAAACCUUUUCAGCAACAGUUAGAUGCAUAUGAGGCAGAGAAAAAUGCCCUUCUAAAUGAGCAUGGUGCAACCCAAGAAGAACUGAACAAAAUUAGUGAUGCUUAUGCUAAGUUGCUGGGCCAUCAGAAUCAGAAGCAGAAGAUCAAACAUGUAAUGAAACUGAAAGACGAGAAUACCCAACUAAAACAGGACUUAUUAAAGUUGCGUGCCCAAAUAGCAAAGGAAAAACAAGCAAGGGAAGAGCUCCAAGAUGAAAUUAAUGAAAUUCAAGGUGUUAGACGGUUUGAUCCUUCUAAAGCUUUUCAGCAUCCUAGCAAGGAAAAUAUUGUUCCCAAAACACCUUUUAAAGAAAGUAACAGAAACAAAAAUCAAGCUGUUCUACACUGAUCAAGAACAAAUUCACACUUGAGAUUCAUCUUUCCAAGAAAGUAUUGUCUAUUGCCUUGUAUGCUACAAUCUAUAUUUCUACAAUAGAAAGUUGUCUUUAAAUAUAUAUUUUAAUAAAGCAAGUAAUUAGCACUUUUAAAUUAUCUAAAAUGCAAAUGGGCACAGCAAUUCUAAAAAAUAUCAAUAGGGCACAAUUAUCAAACAUUUAAGUGAAACCUGGUAAUUUUUGUAGCAGACUCAGUAUACAAGACCUAAGUGGAACUUCUUUAGAUGCAUACACAGGGUAUGUUACAUAGUUAAACUUUUGACUUUUGUUCAGUAUUUUAGAAAUUGAAACAGUUACUUCAAUGAUGCAUCUUUUAUGUACACUUGAGAGCAUAUGCACCGAGACAAAUUCCUUGUGUAUCCAUUCACAUUUGUCCAAUAAGGAAUUCUAUUCUAUGAUCAUAAACAGUUCAAAGUUGUGGAAGUGCUUAGUCUUCAAACAUUAUGCAGCUCAUAAUUUCCUUUUUUAAAAUUACCAUGCUAAUUGAUAUUUUUAGCUUCUGAAUUGAACUAUGUAUGAUUCUGAUUUUAAAUAUUAUUUGCAUUAGGUUAUAAUAGUAAUUGAUUUUGAUAAAUAAAAUGAUAAGCCUUCAUUUUAUUAAAAGAAAUUUGUGAGACUCACAAUUACUAGAUGCUUUCCUGAGUCAUAUUUUAAUUUUGUAUGUAACUAUUAACUGUAUGUAACUGUUAUGUCCUUUAGUUUUCUAUUUGUUACCCAUGUCUUAUUCUAUAGAUAGAAUAAACUGUGGGAAGCCAAACAGCUUCAAUCAGCAAAACAAACAAGGCAAUUUAUUUCCCCAUCCUCAAUUUGACUACCCUGGGGAAAUUCUUUAUUUUCACAAUACUGAUGAUGCUAAGUUUAUUACUAACUUCACUGUGGAACUUAUUACAUUUCCAUAAAGACCCACAAGAAGCCUUUGUGGUAAGGAUUUCUCCAGGACUGGAUGUGAUAUGUUUUCAGCAUGUUGAAGGUUGAACUUUGGAUAUGCAAUAAAUAAAUUUAUAUGGUCACCCAUCUCACAAGAAGUGAGCAGCAAAUGGAAAAAAACAGCAUAAAAACAAUAAAGAUCAAUAGUGAUAAUAAUUUCAAACUUGUAAUGGCUUGUCUUCCAGAUUUUACUAUGCAGUUUCAGGAAGCUAGUUAAUGCAAAGUAAAUUUAGUUUAGAGCUACAAAAAUUUUGAGGGCAAUCAGAUUGCAUUUGCAACCUUACUUCAACAGUUUCAAAUAAGUAAGGACUUCCUAAGAGGACUAUAAGAGCACAAAAGUGCCUACCGUACCUGUCCUAUUGUUCUCUUCAUUAUAGUAUUAUAUUUAUACUUUUACUUAUACUUUUACUUAUAUACUUUUUCUCUCAUGAUGGGUUAUUGUUUAUGUUGAUGAUUGUAUAUACUGUCGUGACAAAAAAAUAAAGUAAAAGCUAAAGCACUAAGAAAUUAGGUAGCACUUUCACUUUCAAUUGGAUAUAAAAGAGCUCACCAG